AUGGUUCCGGCAGUGCUAUGCAUGCUAAGCGCUCUUUUCAUUCCACUACUGGCAUCUGCGCAAUCCGCAUGGCAUGGUGAAGUCACUCCAGGGUCUAGGCGGCUCACGACGUUUACUCCAUAUUUUGUGCCGGAGGGUUGCAAGAGCUACGACUCGGCAUCUCCUCUCGUUCAUUAUUCUGGAUUGUGGCUCAACACUUAUUCUGCUUCCUAUAUUGCGAACACUCUCCGUCAAACACACAAAGCGGAAGCAUCGUGUUCGUUCAUGUUCCGAGGUACUGGCGUCGAAUGGUUCGGAAACAUAGGUCAAACCCACGGAACACAUGACGUGUAUGUCGAUGGACAACUUGUGCAAACUGUCGAUACGUAUAGCGAUGUCGCCCGAAAACAGCAACGCCUGUUCUGGAAAUUCGGUCUCGAAGACCGCACACACAUGCUCAAAAUAGUGAACACUGGCUCCAAGCAUGAGCUCUCGGCCGGAACGACUAUGACCGUCGACGCGUUCGUGGUCACCCAAGGGGCUCAAUCGCGUCCUCCCAACCUCGGAACCUACACUGCGGAGACGCUUCCUCCGGAUGCAUCCAGAUUCAAGAGCCUUGCUGCUGCACCUGCGUGGGAGCUCGUACAGAAAGGAUCCACCGGAGUUCACGCCAUGCAACUCUCGAUCAUAUCCUCAACUCAUGCGCUCAUCGUUGACAAGGUCGAGCACAACCCGCUCACUGUGGAGGGCCACCCUGCUUGGGCCGCACUUUACAACCUGGAUACGCAUGCGGUCAAACCUCUAAGCCUGCAGUCGAAUUCAUUCUGCGCCGGCGGCAGCUUUCUUGGAAACGGAACCCUCAUCAACGUAGGCGGAAACCCAAUCGUCGAGGAUCACACGGGCGCGGCGGAUUUUGGGGACGCCAAUGGGCUGCAAGCAAUACGCGUAUUUGAACCCUGUGAAUCUCCGGAUGCGGAGGGAUGCGCCAUGACCGAGGAUCACCAAAGGAUACGGAUGGCUUCCGCUCGGUGGUAUGCGUCGACUGUCCGGCUGGAUGAUGGCAGUGUCAUGAUUAUAGGCGGGUCUACCAAAGGCGGGUGGAUGAACAAUGCGACUACCAACAAUCCAACGGUUGAAUACUUCCCACCAAAAUCCAUCAACGGGUCGAAAGGACUUCCAGUACACAUGCCGUUCCUGGUGGACACCCUGAAUUCAAACCUGUUCCCAAUCGCCAUCCUCCUGCCAAGCGGUAGGGUUUUCGUAGCGGCCAACCAAGAUACCAUGAUCUACGAUUGGAAAACCGCGACUGAGCAGCGACUGCCUUCUCUUCCGAACGGCGUCCGGGUGACCUAUCCCAUGACAGGAACGGCUACCCUCCUCCCUCUCACGUACGAAAAUGGUUUCGUCCCGGAGGUCCUCAUAUGCGGCGGCUCGACUAUUGACGAUCGCAGGCCUGGAAGCGAAAUCUCUUCCCAAGAAGCUGCCUCUGACCUGUGUUUCCGGAUGGUACUCGAUGAUGCAGGGAUUUCUGCAGGCUGGCAAUCUGAGAAGAUGCCUCAAGCCCGAGUUAUGCCUGACGCCGUGUUGAUGCCUACCGGACAAGUCGUCAUUGUCAACGGAGCUGGGACCGGCAUAUCCGGCUACGGCAACGUCGUGAACCAGGUUGGCCAAUCCAAUGCCGACAAUCCAGUUCUUUCUCCGGUCCUCUAUGAUCCUUCUGCGCCUUCCGGAACACGUUUCUCCACGCAGGGCAUGCCAACGAGCGCAAUACCUCGACUCUACCACUCGAUCGCGACGUACACCCCGAACGGAGACAUUAUGAUAGCCGGGAGCAAUCCAAACCUGGAUCGCAGCGAAGUUGACUAUGGGACAGAGUAUCGCGUGGAGUGGUUGCGACCGCCAUACAUGGGCGGAGAACGGCCCGAGAUCGUUGGUGGCGUCCCAAAUACUCUCAUGUAUGGUGAGGGCAACGGGGCGUCGCUACAGGUCAAUGUUCCGCAGUCAAUGGGGGUUGAACGUGCAGUGGCUCUGAUGGAUCUUGGCUUCGUGACACAUGCCAUUCACGCCAGUUCCCGCAUGGUCAGGUUACAGGCGACCAUGCGGCCAGGCAACAGUUCAAGUCAAGUCCGCCAGAUUGAUAUUUCUAACCCGCCACAUAACGGCAUCUACCCCCCGGGACCGGGGUGGCUUUACGUCGUUGUCGAUGGCGUACCCUCGAAGGGAGUGAAAGUUAUGGUGGGCGAUGGAACCGAUCCACCGUUUGACGCUGAAGCGUUGGAGAACUUACUCAAGAGCACCAAGGACGAGGAAGUAAAGGGGAAGGGUCACGACUCGGACGUGGCUGAAUGA